CCCCGGGUGCUUUAAAUUGCGCUCUGCUAACGAAGACGGGCUGUAGGAACUGUCUUGGGGUGGAGGUGACCCCCCUUCUCCUUGCUUCUUUUUCCUUUUCCGCCUCGUUUCGCUCGAGGUCGGUUCGCUUGCGGCUGGAGAUGGAGCAUUUGCCGCCGGUGUGGCAGUUGUUGGGACAUGACAGGUGUUGGAUCCCCUAAAUAUGGAGUUACAGGCAAUUAUGAACUACCAUAAGCUGCUUCCCCAGAAAGGAAGUAUGUGCGAAGUCUCUGUCCUCUAGUAUAGAGAUGGUAAGUGUGGGAGUCAUCACGGAGUCAUGCCAUGUCAGGUGGGAAACUGAGACAGAUGAAGUGGUCCUGCGGCGGCGGCAGAAGCAGAUAGAUUAUGGCAAGUGCACACCUGGUUACCAGUGCUUUCUGCAGCAGGUGCCCAAGGCACAUCGACAGCCAGGGUUUCACCCUCAGACACCAAACAAAAACAGGAGGUGCAGCCGACGAUCCUGGGAUGCCCAGAUCAGGCAAUGGAGAAGAGCCUUGCAUACCUGGGACCCCCCAAGUCAGCCUCUGCAUGAUAGGGAGGCUGAGGGGAAGGCAACAAAGAACUUCCUGAGGCCAGUGGAUUCUACUCCUUUGGAUGAUCACCUGGAUAACUGGCCCCAGGCCCCAGAAUCCUCAGAGAAUUGGGACAGAGGCCAGGAAGAGGCCCAGUUUGCACACUUGGAGGGUCCUGCUGCCUCUCCCCCCAGCUCACAGAGGAAGCUCUUCAUCACUAAGUCUACUGCUGUUUACCUGUCCCAGAAGAGUAGGGCACAAAAUGUUUAGAGAAAACACAUGUUUUUUAGGGAUUUGCCACUACAAUAGUGAAGGGACUGGAAU